AUGCGAAAUAUGUGGUUUGGUGGCGAUUAUCUUUCGGAAUCGCUCGAAAGUGGCACCAUUCACUUUCAUAAGAAGAAACAGAAGCGAUGGUGGAAUGCGUAUUUACUGAUCUAUGAAAAGGUUAAUUAUCAUGAAAUAGAUGUUAAUUGA